AUGGCGCUGGGCGCCCUCGUCGUGGCGCUGUUCGUCUCGGUCGCCCUUUCCUCGUGUGCGGCGGUGCUGUUGGAGGCGUCUAGCGGCUUUUCAUCCGACAUCUUCGCCGUGGCCUUCGUGCGGGCCGUGCUGGCGGCCAUUGCGCAGCCGACGAUCACCGGUAUUGCGCUGCUCGCCGUGCUGGUCGUUGGCGCUGCGAGUGCUGCGCGUGUGGGCGGGCUGGUGGAGGACAUUCAGAUCCUGCUCGACGCACACAAGGCGGUUGUGGAGGACAAUAACUCCCCAGCCCCGGCGACGUUGGACCCACACCCGCGCAAACCGCAUUCGUAG